AUGCUUAUCCCUCUAUCGUCUCUCCUUCUUUCUUCCUUGUAUCUCUGUUUGUUGAUCCCACAGCAUGAGGCUGUCGCUUUCGAGUUCCCUGCCUUCAAACGCGCCUCUUCACAAUCCUCUACGCCACAGCCACCCGUCACAUUGUUUGUGCCCUUAAACUUCGAUAGCAACGGCCGUUAUACUGUGAACAUUUCUUUGCCUACCAGCUCUAGUCAAAAUCAAUCCUUUGCCUUUGCACUGUCAACAAGUACUGGAUAUACUUCAGUUGCGGGGCAAGGAUGCUCAUCAUGCGGGGGCAGUCCAACCUAUUCAGUACCUUCCUCAAUCGAAAUGGGAACUUCGGUGCAAAAUGUGUCUGUACUCGAUAGUGGUGUUGCUGGGCCAGUUAUGAACCAGACGUGUAAUCUCCACUUGCAAAAUGGGAGUUCAUGGUCAUGGACUGACCAGUCAUUUAUCGUGGCGAAUCAGUCAAACUCUAUCUUUUCAUCAGACAUAUCUGGUGUUUUGGGAAUUGGAACUAACAGCCGCGAAGGAUCGUUCAACGAAACACCAAUGGCAUUCUGGCUGGCAAAUAACCCGACUCAAACCAACUUUUCCUAUGGCCUGGCCUUGAAUUCUCCCAAUGACGCUUCCUCUUCUUCAAAUGACGCCGGGGCCUUGCAUUGGCUUGCUCCGGACGAAAAUUCUUACGAAGGCGAUAUUACAUGGAAAACGCUGAUAGCCUCGAACAGCAGCAGUACUGUCAAUGCGGAUUCCUUUGUCGAGAUGGAUAGUUGGAAUUUCCAAGGCGAUAACGUCAAUAUAUCUGCUUAUACAGGGCUACUGACUGUUGUUGAUCCACUGUUCAACGAUCUAGUCUUUCCUCAAAAUGAAGCUCGUACAAUAUAUGGUGCCAUUCCGGGCUCCUCGCGGCAGGACACAAUAUCCGCGACUACUGUGUACACAUUGCCUUGUGAUACCCAACUGCAGCUUACGUUGACAUUCGGGUCGGUUUCUGUUACUUUGACGGAGACCCAGCUUGUUCAGAAUCUUGGAAAUUCAACAUGUCUAGGCGUCCUUCAAGAAUGGGCGUCUGACAAUGUUACAGAAUACAUUUUGGGCGCUAGCCUGAUAUCCAACCUAUACAUGAUAUUUCAAGGUUCCAGCUCAAGCAGCUCCUUCGGCUUUGCUAAUAGAAAAUCUACCUCAUCUUCUUUGAACGCAGCAUCUAUAGCUGGAGUUGUGUUGGGAAGUUUGGCAUUUCUCAUCAUGAUCGUAAUUGCAGUCAUACUUUUCCUUCGUUGGAGACGCCGUCGCAAGCUCAAAUCGAUGCCACGAGUCACUCCUUUCCAAUAUGGAUCUCGGUCUCCCUCGACAAACUCCUUUUCCCUCGAGGCAUCUGAAUUGAUCCCAAGACCACAACCCCCGACCUCUCCUCCAAACUGGCUACCCCAUUAUCUUCUCGCUCCUACUGGCUCCGGGGUUGUGAAUGAUAAUAGUGAGGCACUAGCUGCAGCGAACAGGUCGAGCAAACGCAGUGCAGCUACUACUCCAGAUGCUCAAGUCUUCAAUGUCGUCAAUCUUCCUGUCGCAACGCCGACACGGAGUACUUAUCGAUCCUCGACGCAGUCACAUUUGACCCACAACUUGGCAAGUCAAGGGGUCAGAUCACCUGGCUUGUUUAUUCGAGUGUCUCCACCAUUCCAGUCGGGGCUGUAUUCUGUUAUACAGCAGCAAGGGGAACUCGAAGGAGACAGAGCUUUGCUUUCGAGUAAUCCCUCGGUGAACUCACUACCGCCUUACCGCCAAACUGAUCCUGAUCCUGACGCUCGAGGUCGAAUAUACAUAGACUGA